AUGACUUUGGAUGACGUCAACAUUUCUAACAGUUGUCUGCUUCCCACCAACUCCAGCUGUCCCAAAACAUACCUGCCGGUGGACUAUGUAUUGUUCUGUAUUACCACAUGCGUUGUGAUAUUUACCCUGUGUGGGAAUCUCACCAUAGUAAUUGCUAUCUGUCAUUUCAAGCAACUCCACACACCUACGAAUGCCCUCAUCCUGUCUCUGGCUGCUACAGACGCUAUUGUGGGUUUAUUUGUGAUGCCAAUACAUGCAUUGAAAAUGCUUGAUUCCUGUACAGUUCUUGCACCAAACUUUUGUUUCGUUUUCUUGUCUAUUGUAUGCUAUUUCCCUUCUGUCUCUGUGUUCAACAUUUUGCUGAUUGCUGUAGACAGACACCUUGCCCUGAGCCGGCCUUUUCUGUACUCCAAGGUAAUUACACUGUUUUUAGCACGUAAGGUGAUCUUAUUUUUAUGGAUUGCAUUGCUGUUUUACAAUUAUGCCCUUUUAUACUUUAAUGGAAACUUCCAAAGAAAAUGCCCCGGUCCUUGUUUUCCUUAUGUAGGUGAAGUGUGGGCAUUUGUUGACAUGAUGCUAGUGUUUCUUUUCCCAUGUGCUACUAUUAUUAUCCUGUACCUAAAGGUGUUUUUCAUUGCAAGACGACAUGCAGUCAAAAUCAGAGAGGUGUUCAUGGACAAAAAAAGACUGUAUGUGAAGAGCUGUGAUAGCAGCCCGAUGGCCCUGGAGAUUAAGACGGCCAGGGUCCUUGGCAUUAUUGUAUCAGCGUUUUUGAUGUGCCUAAUCCCCUAUUAUGUUAUCUCAAUGCAGGUGGAUACGCUAAAAGAAGCAUCUGUCGUUUCAAUGAACACCGCGUCAGCUUUUUUUAUGUUAAACUCUGCGUUUAACCCCAUAAUUUAUGCCCUGUCAUAUUCUUGGUUUCGAAAAAGCCUUAAACUGAUUUUUACAUUCAAAAUAUGCUCGCCCGAUUCCUCAUUGAUGAAUAUACACUCCAAGGAUGUUUGA